AUGCUUAGUACAUCUCCGGUGAUUCUCAUACUCGGAUCUGGUCCCAAUGUUGGGCACCAUGUAGCUCAGGCAUUUGCUUCCAAGGGCUACAAAGUUGCCAUUGCAUCUAGAAGCCUCAAGGAGGAAGACAGUAGUGCGGACCAAAUCCAUAUUUCUGCCGACCUAUCAGAUCCUCAUUCUGUGAAGGACAUCUUUUCUAAAGUCAAAGCAUCGCUCGGGUUGCCAAGCGUUGUUGUUUACAAUGCUGCUGCCGUGACUUUGAACCCCCCAGAAGACCCCUUGUCUCUUCCCUUGGCUGACUUCAGUCGAGACUUCAACAUUAACACAACCAGUGCAUUUUCUGCUGCACAACAGGCUGUUUUGAGCUUUGAGCAACUCCCUAAGGAUAGCCCGAAGACUUUCAUCUACACUGGCAAUAUGCUCAACCUGACCACUUUUGCACGUCUUCUGGAUCUUGGCGUAGGUAAAUCUGCAAUGGCCCACGUUAUCCAGUCUGCUGCCACCGCGUACUCUACAAAGGGCUUCAAGUUCUAUUAUGCUGAUGAGCGGAAAGCCGAUGGAUCUCCUGCGUUAAAUGAGAUCAACGGAGAAGCACAUGGACAAUUCUACGUCGAGCUCGCUGAGCACAAAUCUCAGGGUCCUUGGCAGCAGACCUUUGUCAAAGACGUAGGUUACAAGUACUUUCCAGCUGCUUGA